AUGAACAUACAUGACAUCUCCUUCACAAGCCUUGGCUUAGUGGUACUCGACGAGAUCCGCCUUCCCCAUAAGAACCCACUAACUGAUAUCCUUGGUGGUUCUGGCGCUUACGGCUGGAUGAUUCAUGUUGGAAAUGACUUUCCGAAACCCAUCGAAGACCGAUUGCAAAGCUGGGAUGUGACAUUGGUCAUAGAAAGAGAAUCCGACGAACCUUCAACUAGAGGUCUACUUGAAUACAAAGAUACUACAUUUGGACGUGCGACAUACUUUUCUUCACUAAAAUUGAUUGAACCCCUCCCCUACUGCCGACAGACACUUCUCAUCAUUAACUUAGUAGAUGUUUUGUCUACGACAUAG